GGGCUCCAUGGAGACAGGCGGACGCCCGGGCAGAGGCGGCGCUUCUUCGCCGGCACCCGGGCUCCAGUGACCGGCGCUCGCGCCCUGCACCGCUUCGGAACGGCCGGCGGCUCCGGGACUGACCCGGCCUCGCUGCCCUUCCCCGCGCCGCCGCCUCGCCUUCUUGCUUCCCCGACUCGCCCUCGCCCCCAACUCCCCGGCCGGGUGGCGGCCGCCGGGCCCCCGCGGCGGCGGCCGGAGCAGCAGCGGCAGCAAGAGCCCGCCUCUCUAUGAUGAAGUUCAAGCCCAACCAGACGCGGACCUACGACCGCGAGGGCUUCAAGAAGCGGGCUGCGUGCCUGUGCUUCCGGAGCGAGCAGGAGGACGAGGUGCUGUUGGUGAGCAGCAGUCGGUACCCAGAUCAAUGGAUUGUCCCAGGAGGAGGAAUGGAGCCUGAGGAGGAGCCUGUCGGUGCUGCCGUGAGGGAGGUUUAUGAAGAGGCUGGAGUCAAAGGAAAAUUGGGCUGACUCCUGGGCAUAUUUGAGAACCAAGACCGAAAGCACAGAACAUAUGUUUAUGUUCUUACUGUCACUGAAAUAUUAGAAGACUGGGAAGAUUCUGUUAAUAUAGGAAGAAAGAGAGAGUGGUUCAAAGUAGAAGAUACCAUCAAAGUUCUCCAGUGUCAUAAGCCUGUACAUGCCGAGUACCUGGAAAAACUAAAGCUGGGUUGUUCUCCAACCAAUGGAAAUUCCACAGUCCCUUCCCUUCCAGAUAGUAACACCCUGUUUGCAACUGCUGCACAGACCUCUGGGCUGCCGUCUAGUGUAAGAUAGAAUUGGAAGGACCUCUUCCACCAUGUGCAGUCUCGUGGCCAGAGGCUUUAUUAUCCUUGGCAAACAUCUGAAUGACGCUUGCAAACUGUCUGAAUUUGCCAUGCAGGAUUUUCAAACAAUCUGCAUGUUUUUCAGAUGCUUUCAAAUCUUCUUUUAAAAAAAAUAGUGUAAAAUAUUUUAAUAAGCCAAAGCCAUGUGGAUUUUUUUUUUUAGAUGCCUUAACUGUGCCCCCAGCCCA